AUGUGUGUCAUUUGGACUCAGAAGUAUCACAUUUGUGGCUGCAUCUGGACUGUCCGCGACCUCUACUGCAGGCCAGAUGAGCUCUGCUGGGGUGCCAGGAUGGUCAUCAUACAUUCGCACUUACAAACUUGCAAAGAGUGCUGGAAGAGCGGAGACAAGCGGGUAAACGAUGAUAUUGUCAAAUUUCUCGCCCAGCACGCAGAGACAGAACGACGGCGCAUCGAACAACUCGAUGAGUUAAUUGCCAAAGAGGAAUCCGAAGAUGUGGAAGCGGAACAGGUUUACCAGGACAAAAAUGAUAGAAACCCUGAUCUAGAUGCAGGUGAGGAAGACUUUGCAGCUAACCACCCCUCCAGACCGAUAACCCCAGAUCUCAACCUCGACCCAGAGCAGAUGCCUCGAUGGCUUUUUGCAGCGGAGUCAUUGGGGGAUGCGACAAGAUCUUGUGAUCCGGUGAAGCCUGGGUCGAUUUGGAAGGAUUAUCGUGCCAGGCGGGGCAAGACGGAUUGGUAUAUGCUUGAAGACAUGCUGGGAGUUUGGCUCGGUCCGACUGAGAGUAGUUCGGAGGACAGAAGAAACGAGGACGAUGAUUUCUAG